GCGCCUGGAGUGGGGGAUCGCUACUGCGCCUGGGAUACUGCGAGAGCGCCCGCGUGCGAUUGAGUGCGCGAGUGCGUGAGCGUGCGUGCGUGUGUGUGUGAUCAUGGCGGAGUCGCUGCUCUGGAGGUGCUGCUUCAGCCUGCUGGUGGUCGCGUGCGAGCUGAGCGCGACCCGCGCGAUCAUCCUGGAGUCCAUCUACUGGAACACGACCAACACCAAGUUUGUACCAGGCCAAGGUUUAAUACUGUACCCUCAGAUCGGGGACAAAAUGGACAUUGUGUGUCCUCGUGUGGAGGGCGGCUCUAUGGAAGGAGUGGAGUAUUAUAAACUCUACAUGGUUCCUCGUGAACAACUGGACACUUGUACGGUCACCAAGGCGGAUACGCCGCUACUGAACUGCGUAAAGCCUGACCAGGAUGUCAAAUUCACCCUCAAGUUCCAGGAGUUCAGCCCAAACCUUUGGGGCCUGGAGUUCUUCAGAGGAAAAGACUACUACAUCAUCUCAACAUCGAAUGGCACAAUGGAAGGCCUGGAGAACCAGGAAGGAGGAGUGUGUAAAACAAAAUCCAUGAAAAUCGUCAUGAAGGUCGGACAGAACCCAUCAGAUCCAGUUCCUCCUAAAGAUUAUCCCACCAGACAUCCGCCAAAACACACAGACACAGGCAAAGACACCAAAUCCAACGAAGUGCUCGACAAACCAGGAGCGUCCCAUCGUGAGGGCGAGACGGCCGAUGGCGGCGGCGGUGGCAAAUCCUCGUCAGUAAUUGGCUCAGAGGUGGCGCUGUUCGCCGGCAUCGCUUCAGCCAGCGUCAUCGUCAUCAUCAUCAUCGUCAUGCUGGUGGUGCUUCUGCUGAAAUACCGGCGGCGCCACCGCAAACACUCGCCCCAACACGCCACUGCGCUGUCCCUCAGCACGCUGGCCACACCCAAACGGGGCGGAGCCGGCGGCAACAACAACGGCUCCGAGCCCAGUGACAUCAUCAUCCCGCUGCGGACUGCUGACAGCGUCUUCUGCCCGCACUACGAAAAAGUUAGUGGGGAUUACGGCCAUCCCGUUUAUAUCGUACAGGAAAUGCCCCCUCAAAGCCCGGCCAACAUCUACUACAAGGUUUGAGGACCAUGAGGGCCCACUUUGACCUUUGACCUGCUCCCCCACCACCUCCUCGAUGGACCGCCUCUCCACCCUCGGGGGCGGGAUCGAGCUAGCCCCGCCUCCUCUCGUGGCUGUCGUUUAUUUUUUUGCCCGUUUUGUUUUUCGAAUAUUCCUUACUGUUAUUAUCACCAGUAUAGAUUUUCCUUAUGGUGGAGUGAGGCUCCUAAUAUGCUGCUCUUAAACCUCCCCUGAAAACGUGAACACUGACACGUGCUGCGUAGGACUGGAGGAUCCUAUAGCGUGUCUUGUGAUCGGACAUGCCGGGGGGGUGUUUUUGGGGGUCCGUGUUCAAACAGUGAGGGGGACGAGGAGGGUGCCGAAAGCCCUCUUUUCUACUUCACUUCAUGGACUCCACAGCUGGAGACAAGAAGAGAGCAACGAGAGGGACAGCAAGUCGAGGACGCUUGAUCGAACUGGUGCCGGUCACGGGGAGUCUCUUCGACUGGGAAGUGGACACAGCUGGUCAGCUGCCGCUGCUGAAAGCUGGACUUUACAGGAAACUCGGAGACGGGAAGCUCCUUUUCAUCGGCUCAUCGGACAUUUAUUGGAGUUUCCCGUUUGGUAAAAAGUGGACUUCACCCGUUUCGCUCGCCUUCUUGGUCACUCGUGUUUUUUUGUCCGUUUCCACCCUCCCCUCAUCUCGACACACCUGUUUUAUUUUUUCUCUUUGACGAAAUGACUCUCACAAAUCGUUACUUGAAAGCUUUGCUUUUUUUUGUACGGUCAUACGUCUUAACUCGCAUUUCUCUUGGUCAUUCCUCCAGUAUGGUUCACGUUUUGUAGAACGUAGGUAUCGUCAUAGAGAUCCUUUCGUGCUGGUUUACUUCGUGCUGUUCGUAUGUUGCGUGGGACACACACACACAGGCGUACACACACACACAUUGGCAUACACACAUUUCGCUCACGUAAGUCUGCAGCCAAGGGCUAGAGGACAGGGGGAUAACGUUCGUUUGAGGUUGUUUUCUGCUGGGACGGUGGAGGAACCAUGUGAACACUUUUGAAGCAGCACUUUUAAAAACACCUCCACCUGGCCCCUGCAGAACACACACAUAUAUAAAUACACACACACACACAAACACCAGACUUAUUGAUAUGAGGAGGAGGAGGAGGAGCUAAAUGGCAGCACCAGUGGAGUGAAAGCCUAUAGGAUAGAAGCAUGUCAGCGAAAGGCUAGCACUGGCAAUAAGUCUCCAACUGCCUACACACAUAUUGGUGGCCAAUGUGGGGUCGGACCCCCGGACCCGUUUCCGAUGAACUGGUGCUGCCAUACUUUGCGCAAAAAAAAAAAGCACAGGGUCAUCCAACAUAUUGCUAUUAGCAUUAGCAUAAUGAUUUUUAUUAUAGUUCUUAUUAUUAUUAUUAUUAUUUACUUGUUUUAAUUGAAUGCAGAAGACUUAAUUAACAUUUUUUUCGUUAGCUGUACAGUUGAAAAGGAGGAGAUUUUGUUCUUUAAAUGUGGAAAGAAACAGAGAGAAAGUAGAAUUUAUUUAUGAUACACAGAGCACACAAAUGGCCAGGCAGGAAAAAAAGAAGAUAUGAAUAAUUUAGCAAACAGGCACAUUAUGCAAAUGCAAAAUUUCUUUUCUUUUUACGUUAACAUACUUUUUUUUUUGCCCCAUUCACACUGAUCUUAAUCUAAAUAGUUGCCUUUUGAACCACAAGCUUAUAUAUAAAUAUAUAUGUAACACACACUUUGACACACACAUGCAGCAGACACAUACACAGGCAGGAAAGGGGCAGCUUUGGAAGAAGGCCCCAGAGAAAAACAGCAUGUUGGGUUUAAAAUAGCUGAAAGGAAUGAGAAGGAAGGGCCAGAAAUGGUGGAGAACACAGGCGAGUCUGGCAGAAUCUUGGGUACCAAGGCUAAAGUAAACCAGCUCUUCUGGCCAGGCCUGUCUGAUCUGAUGAAGCUCAGAGAGCGCCGGGUUGAAAUUAGGCCUUCUCAAGUGGGUAGCAGGGUAGUGGACGAAGGUUAGGAAGCAAAGCAGAUGGGAAUUAGCUCAGGCUAAAAUUGUAAAUCAGAUAAAACGGCAAUUUUCAUGCUACUUCGCAGGUCUUUUGAGGAAAACAGAAAAAGAAGUGUCGAUGGAGAAUAUAUGAGGCCUGUUGUGCUCUUAAAAAUGAAGGGUUCUUUGCACGAUGCCAUAAAAAACCAUGUUUAGUUGCCUAAAACAACUUUCAAUGGAUGCCUCUUUAGAGAACCAUUGUUAGUGAGAUGUGUGAGCCUGAAGAAACUUCCUGAAGUUUGUAGAACCUUGGGAGGAAGAAACCUGACAUUUUUGUGAACGUUCUCCAAACAUGGUUCCUCAGGGUUCCUCAGUGCUUCUCAAACCAGUCCUCAGGAUCCUUAGAUGGUCCACAUUUUUGUUGAUCUCCGAUGUGAGUUGGGUUGGAGCAAAAAUGUGGACUUUUAUUUGAGAUCAUUUGAGAGAACCAAAAGUAGUUCUUCUAUCAUAGGGCGCCCAAUCUUGGUCCUGUGAAUCCACCACCCUGCAGAACUUAGGUCCAACUCUAAUCUAACACACCAGAAAAGCCUUUGGGUGCAUCUGAACAUCAGAACCAGGUAGAUCUGAACUGUCUAGAGUGGACGAUCUCCAGGACCAGGAUUCUGUUCUAUGGCGUCAAAGAGCCAUUUUGGUUCCCUGAGGGACCUUCCAGUGGUUUUCUAAAUGUAAAGAAGAGUUUAAAGAACCUACAUAUCAUGCAAGGGUUCUAUACCAAUGUAAGAUCUUAGAAACCAUUCAGGAACCUUUAUUUCUGAGAGUGCAGAAGCAGCCUAAGGGCGGGAAGUUGAGUCUGUAGCUGCUCCCAUGGGAUUGGCUGGGUUAAUUCCCACAACCCUUUCCUCUUUUGUACACAUCCUUCACAGCUCUCACGAGAACCCUCCUCCGGUCAAGCUUCUCCGACAACGUGAUGGUGUGUGCGGUCGUCUAUGUGAACCUAUUUGAGCAAGUCCACCCUGCAGACGAGUUCUCUCAUCGACUUCACUCAUAAAUAUCUGUUCACCAGCGGUGGACUUGAGAUUUUCGCUAACUCGGGAAACUUCGGCCUGGUGGCCCCCCACCUCCCCCCGUGGUCACAUAUCGGCCAAUCGUUCAUGAGUUUCUUUUGUUUGUUUUUGUUGUCAUCUGUUCAUGGAGAUCGUCUGAUCUCGCCAAGAAGCCAAGCCUUGUGUGAUCUGAGGUUUGUGCCUCUGUAAGAGGCCACAAAAUAAGCAAAAUAUGCAAUUUUUAUUUAUUUUUGUAAUUGAGAGAGAGAGAAAAAAUGAAAAAAAAAAAAGAAAUACACCUAUGGAAAAGUGUUCUUAACCACUGAAAUGAGUGAAAAAAAAAUGAAACGACAAUACAACACAAGCAAAACACCACAAUCCCGCUGUGUUUGCUUUUUUUUCUUACGUAAUUCUUUUCUAAAUGCAGAUUUCUUUCUUUUUUUUGUUUACUUUGUGCAGUAGGUUUGAGGUAUACUGUGAAAAAAGCACUCACUGAUCUGAGCAGUUCAUCCGAAAAUAGUCGACACAUUACAGGAACACACAUACACGUCACUGUUUGGUUGCUGUCCUGAUAUGGGCGAGAAAAAUGACAAUCUUCUUAGUUUCUUUGAAUCCGAAGACGCUUUUCUGAACUAGCAAGUCGCGAAACGUUCGCAUGACAUCACUAAAGGUUUUCCCGCUAGCACGGGAAACGGAACGCUGGAACGUUUCGCGAGAUGCUCGGCGAAGCGUCUUCAGGCUUACUGUAAAAUGCCUUGCUCGUACUGUCAUCCCGAGUUCAGAGGACUCUGAUUUUUUGCACCGUACAUCUGUAGGCAAGAAGCUGUAAAUACAUUCAUGUUUGUAUUGUAUAUGGAUCCCGGGUUGUUACAAUAGCCUUAUCACACGUUUUUAGGAAAGCGAAGAAAAACGACAGAGGAAAAAAUGAUACACCGGUAAAAAAAAUACAAAAAAAAAAAAAGCAUACUUUUUUUGGUAAAUAGCUUGUGUAAAUAUCAACAACCAACCCAAUAAAACAUUUUUUUAUAAACUCUUAAAGUAAGAUGUUUUGUAUAAAAUUGGAAUUUUUUGCUAUGUAUUUUAGCUAGCGCUCGUCGGAAGUCCUCGACCCUUCCCAACCACCCCACCCCUUUUGCACUGUUUCCAUGGUGAUUUGGUUUCAAGGAAAAAAAUACGAAAAGAAAGAAAACGAGAGAAAGAAGAGAGUUGCCAAACUGACUGCUGCAUAUUUGUGCCAUAUGUGUGUACCAUAGAUAUUUAUUUAAUUAGUUGUUUUUGUUUUUUCAUUUGUUUGAUUUGAUUUCUAUCCAGUUUGUACGCAAAAAUUCAGUAUUAUGGUUGAGUUUUGUUUUGUUUUGUUUUAUUUUUUUUUUCCUUUGACUCCUCCCAUUUCUGCCAUUUGUCUGUCUGUUGCUAUGGUUUCCCAGUGGCUGUAGCUCCACCCCUUUCCCGUGCAGUAAGAGCUGGUCAGGCCGCGAAAGAGUUAAAAAAGAAAUGACACACAUUCCACCAGUCUGUUACAAACUGAAAAUGAUUUUCAAUAAAAUGUUUUUUCCUAUGGAA